GCUGCAUGACACUACUGUCUUCAGCAGAUAUUCUAAUGUUUCUGUUUCAUUUGUCAUCUAAUUCUUGAUACAUGUCUUGCACUUCACAGUCAAGUUUGCCUUUAAAGCCAAACUUUUGUCUAUUUUUUGAAUGAAAUUCUAAAUUUUAUGUGUGCAAAACAAUUAGUGCUUGCAAUCAUUAUACAUUUGAAAUCUGAGUCCACAGGUGUAUAUUUUGGUCCCAUAGUUGCAAUAAUUUGAUAAAAUUUUAGAAAAAGUUUGUUGUUCAAGCUUUAUUAUCCUGUGAACUGAUAUUUGGGUCAAUAAUACCAAAAAUAAAAAAAAGUUUCCAGGAACCUCCAUCACACUUUGGGAAGAAAAUGAAUUUUGAGUAUCAGCUAGAGGCAGGGGAGACACAAAAGCAGCUUUUAUACUUUUAAUUUUGGUUUGUUUCUAUCUUGUCAGAAAAGUAAUGCAGUGCCAUGCAAUUGCUAUAUGAGCUCCUUAGAUCACUGAAAUAUUUUUUUUGAUAAUAUUGCGGAGGCUCAUUUCUUUUGCGCAGAGGCCAAUGGGCACGACCAUCCAUGGGAGUCCAGCUUCGCCACUGUCUACUUAAAGCUCUUAUCAAAACAUACAGACUCAAGCUUACCACCACAUUGCAGUGAAUGGGCAAAUUUACAGAAAUGAAAGAAAGCAUCAGUCUCAAUGUUCCUUUUCAAUUGCCUUUCAUUAUAAUUUGGCUCCAACUGUUCCAGAAGCAUACUUGCAGAAACAUCACUCUCAAUACCAUGCAAAAAUACUGAUUCCCACAAUUUUGGAUGAAGUUUGAUGUGGUAAAUGAGUUUACAGGUUGACAAAAGGAUACCACCAACCUGCUGCUGGACACAAAUUGACUUGCCAUUAUAAAGUAAUUAGUCAAGCAACAUUAUAAAGCUCCAUCCAAUUUCUUAUACUUAUCAAUACAAAUUUACUUAUGUAUCAUUAGGUAAGUUAAAUAUAAAACUGAACUGAGCAAGUCUUCUCCAACAAUCAUCACAUGGUGGAUUUUUGUUUCGAUUAAAAUGCCACAAUCACAAACAAAGAUUUACAGCUAUAUGAAAUAUGGACCUAUGAAACAAAAAUAAUAUUAAUACAGGGAGGAGAUAAAAUAAUGCCAGACAACUAACAUGAUAUGUUGUAGAGUAGAUUCAAACCUUAUUCGAAGUUCUGAACUGAUAUAGCCUACGUCGCAGUCCAUAUUCUGUAGGAGAAUAAGAUCUGCGAACAAUACACCACUUCGGCUAACCGCGCUGGUAGGAUCGAUUGGGAGACUGGGACGAGAUUUGGGUGUAAAAAAUUCUUUCCUCGGCAGUCGCAACAAGGAAUUGUAUGAAAUCUGUUCACGUACUGCUAAAACUGUGCAAUAAAGUCACUGAUUGUUACAUUUUCUCUCGAAUUUAUUCAUCUUAUUGUGGUUUGUGAACUUCGGAACAGCUUUCUUCAAAGCUUUUAUUAGUACUUAGCUCACACACCACAGUAUUGAGCGCAAACUAUUAUACACAAUUUUGGGCCUAUGUCAAACGAUGGAUGCCGACUUAGCGAAAUUGUCUGGGAUGAAAGUUGACAAGUUGAAAAGUUUCUUACGACUUCGAGGACUAAAGACAACUGGUAGAAAAGAGGAAUUAGUUGCGAGAGUAUUUGUUGCUAUCAAAAACGACGUUCUGUGAUAAAGCCGGCUGAAGAGGUUGAGCGUGAGAUUGUGACAGAUUACAAGAAGAAGCUUGAUGUCGGACGUACGACAUUGCCUGAUCCUUUUGGCAUUGCAAAUGGCUGGCUGAAUGAAGAGGACGGAACGGUGUUUUGGCCUGUUACUCUCUAUACGGAUAUUUAUAACUUUCUGUCAUUUCAUCCAAAUGAACUCUCCAGUAAUGAUCUCUCUGAUUAUAAACAGUCAAAGGGCUACAGUUACUAUUCGCAGGGUUGGCUAUCACCAUUACUUUUUCAUCCCAUUGCUGAUGAUAGUGAGUUCUGUUUUCUCAAGGGAAAUUGCAGACCAUCACAGCGAAUCAAUGAUACCCCACAUAAACUAUGGAUCUGUUUAGGGAAAUGUAAUGGAAACAUUGUCUCAACACACUGCUCAUGCAUGGCUGGACUGUCUCAGACAUGCAUCAUGUUGUAGCAGCUCUUUUUAGGAUUGAGACUGUGAGCAGAAUGGGACUUAACAAUCCUUCUUGCACUUCAAGGCCCUGCCAAUGGUUACCCAACAACAAAGUUGUGAAGCCAGUAAAGAUAAAGGAUUUAAAGUUAAAGAGGACCACUUUAGGAGGAAUAGUUAAAAAGAAAGUUGAAUUGAACUGCUCCCCCAAGAAGAAUUUUGACCCUUUGGAGCAUGUUGAGUAUAAGCUUAACCUGCAGGACAUGGCAAAAUCCCUUGAGACAGUCUGUAAAAGGUCUGAAUGUAUUUUGUUUACAGCACUGCCAAAGAAAGAAUUACCAGCAACAGAGGUGCAAAAUGCAAAGGUUAUUCCAUUCGAAGAACAUUUUUUGCGAUCUGCCAAUAGAGUUGAUUUCCUGAACCAUAUAAAAGAGGCUAAAAUGGAAGACAUAAGCACAAUAGAGAUGUUAACCAGAGGACAGGCAAAUAACCAACAUUGGCAUUCCUUUAGAAAGCAUGUUAUCACUGGAUCUAAGGGACAUGAUGUCAAAACUUGUAUGGCCACUUUGAGAAAGGGGGAUUCUAAGAGAGACUCAUUGAAGAAUAUAUAUUCCAAAAUUGCUGGGGCCACAGAUAUGGUUGACCAACUGCCAUCUCUAAAGUAUGGACGAGCAAUGGAACCAGUUGCAAUAGAAUCCUUUAAGGAAGAGUUUGAAAAGCACCAUAAGAAUGUAAAAACAACAUCAUGUGGGUUGUUCUUAUGUGAAGACAUGCCAUUUGUUGGUGGGAGCCCUGACUCUAUUGUUUCAUGUGAUUGCUGUGGGAGGGCAUGUAUAGAGGUGAAAUGCCCUUUUUCAAUCCGUCACACCACACCUUAUGAUCCCAAGGUAAAACUGCCAUAUUUGAAACAAGUUGAUGAUAGUCUGCUAAUAAAUGAAGCCCACAGAUACUACACACAAUGCCAAAUUCAAAUGGCUGCAACAAAGACAAAGAGUUGUCAUUUCUUUGUGUGGACAUGAAACACAAAAAGAAUCAACACCAGUUGCCUACAAAAAUAAAAAGAGACAAAAAUUGGAAUUUAGUGCAAUUGAAGUAGAACAAGAGCAGGAAUCAGAAGGAUCAGAAGCAUCUGAAACAAUUUUUGGCAGCACUGUUAACUCAGAUAUCAACAGUAUGAGGCAUAUCAGCAUGAACAAACAACUAUGGCAAAUUUCUGGGAACCCCUUUGUAGAAGAAAGCUACAAUUCUGAGUCAGACAAUGUCUCAGAUUCAAGUAGCGCAUAUAUAAGCACUGAUGAUGAUGAUGAUGAUGAUGAUGUUUAUGAUUCUUUGUCAAGUUCGGAUGAUGAUGGCUUGACACAAGAUCAAAUUGAUGAAAUAUCAAUGCAUAUGACUGAAAAUGCCAAAGAAGAUUCCAGAGCCAACCUUGUUUCUUUAGUGACAGAUCUAGAUUUGACUAGAACAUACUUUGUUGAAAAUGAGCAAUGUGAAAAGUCGAUGGAACUGGAGACCACUAUAGAUAGACAACCUGGUGCAAUAUAUGCAUCAUCAGAGGUGAAUUCAAAAGAAAUGAAAGCAAAAGUACACAAAACAAUGGAAGAUCUGUAUCAAACAAAUAUUGAAGAUGCAGAAUAUAAGCUUGCAAACCAAAAUAGAGUUUUAGUGUCACUUAAGAAGCUACAAGAGUUGAAAGGGAAGUUUUGCAUGCAAAAACUGAACAAUGGUCAACUAUGCAAUGAAGUUUUGAAUUUUGAAAGUGAUGUGAAAGGCUGUACAAUAAAACUUCGCUGGUCAUGCAAAAAUGAGCACUUUGGAAUGUGGGUUUCCUCUGAGAUAGUUUCAAAAUCUCACUAUGCAGACAUUUACUUGAAUGAUCUGUUAGUCACUGCCUGCGUAUUAUUGUCUGGAAACAAUUACUCAAAAUUUGCAAGGUUUUGUAAGUUUCUUGGGCUUGCAAUCCCAGAUCAAUCUGUCUUUUACAGAAAUCAGAGAUUGUUUUUCACACCUGUAAUUCUACAAAUGUGGGACUCAAUGAAAUCGAGCAUCAUUACUGUGAUAAAAACAUAUAAUGAUCACAUUCUUGGAGGAGAUGGAAGGAAUGAUUCACCUGGCUUCUGUGCACGAUUUUGUGUAUAUGUCACCAUGGAGUUGAUAACCAAUGCAGUUCUCCAUUUAGAAGUUUUGGACAAGAGAGAGACUGGUGGCAUAUCAACAAAUAUGGAAAGAGAAGGUCUCACCCGUACAUUGCUGCUUCUUAUGAAAUGCUUGGAUAUUUCAGAGAUUACCACUGAUGCCUCAACUUCAAUAAUGAAGAGGAUUCAAGAGCUUAAAAAUUCACACCCUGAACUGUCAAAGUUAAAUCACUGCCUUGAUAUUUGGCAUGCUGCCAAAAAUAUUUCUAAGAAAUUGUACAAAACAGCACAAGACAAAGCUGCAAGAUCACUCAAACCAUGGAUUGCUGCAAUAGUCAACCACUUUUGGUUUGCUUGUCAGGUUUCAAAUGGUGAUGCUGAAAAGCUGAAAGAUAUUUGGAUUGGUGUUUUGCAUCAUGUAUGCAAUGAACACAUAUGGGCGGAAUCUGAAUGUCUGCAUGGCCCUCUCUCGUCAACUGAGCCAAAGGUGUACCUGUUAAAGAAUUCUGUUGCUUUGGAAAAGCUCAGAUCAGUGGUACUUGACAGAAAGCUUUUGUCAAACCUAUCAUACUAUUCAAAAUUCAGGCAUACAGGCAUGAUAGAAAAUUUUAACAGUAUGCUGUUGAAGUAUGCAUCUAAAAGAAAUGCAUAUGACUAUCCAUAUUUCAAGACACGGAUGGCUUUGGCUGCUAUUGACCAUAAUAUACAUUUAAAUCGACCUUUAGCUAUUACACAAGAUGGUAAACAGUGUUUUAAAAGAAAAUAUAAUAAAAAUUCCAGGAAAUUUACUGCUGAACCUGUUAAGGAACAGAAAAGCUACAGCUAUAUUCCAUACCGCUUGCAAAAAUUGUUGUUGAAAGAAAAGAAAAGAAAGACACAGCAAUGGAAAGGCUUGUCAGAGUUCCAAAUGACCCUAAACUGA